AUGUUAACCACUGAAGGGCGAUGGAGUGGCCAAGCAUCCUGGUGGCGGCACCUCCUUCGUGGCUCCUCAGCAGCUGACCCUGAACCAGCAGCUGAUCCUGAACCAGUAGCUGACCCUGAUCCCUCCAAGAGCUAUAGUUACCAGGUAGUCCAUCAUGGCUAUCCCCACUACGGCUACCACCAUGGCUAUCGCUACCCCUACUAUGGCUACGGUUACAGCCGUCACUAUGGCUACCCUUACACCUACCACAAGCACCACAAGAGAUCAGCCGACCCUGAGCCCGAAGCUGAACCUCACUACAGAUAUUACGGACACCCUCACUACUACAAAGGAUAUUAUCACGGUUAUCCUUACGCCUAUCCUUACUACGCCGGUUACCGCUACCGCUACAGGGGAUAA